UGUAGUACGCGGCGUUCGGGAUAGGGGGCUAUAGUACCUUCAUGCAUGGCCCAUAAAGGAUUCGUCGACUAUCCGAGAAGUACGCAAGAAACGGCUUCUAACACCUGACAGGGGCCACGCUCUUCUCUUCUCUCUCCUCGUGCCGUCGCCGGGUUCACCGUCGCCCAAUUUCCCGAGCCGGGGACCACGAUUGGGUGGGCCCGGCGUGAAGAAGGACCCGCCGCUUUAUCGCCCGAUUUUUACUCCGAUAUACGGAUGGAUUCGUAAUCGGGAAAGGCGCGAUAUUACUCCGAGCGCAGGAAUUGUACCGUCGCGAACGCGAGGAUUCCGCGAUUCCGCGAUCCCGCGUGGUACCCGUGCGAAUCUCGUGAUCGAGAAGGAGGGACAUGUCAUUUGCCAUCGCGGAUGGUCGGUGAUUCGUGGUCAGUCGUCCCUGGUGACCGCAUCCCGCCGCGUUCGGUAUUGUUAUUGUGAUAAUGUGCUGAGUUGCGUAAGUGGCAGUAAAAGUGGACAAGUUGAUUGCCGAUAGGGGAAGCGAUAGUGGACCCGGAAAGCGAUAAAGCGAUAAAGCGACAAAGCGGAACGGAAAAGGAUUUCCAGGCGCGUGCGGCGAAAGAAAAGUGCGCGCGUUCACCGGCGUUUAUCAGGGUUUACCAGCGUUUAUCCGAGGGACCCCCGAGUGUUGUCCGUGAUCCGUGAUCCGUGCGAAGACGGAUUACGCGCGCGACGAUGAGGCAGCAGCCGGUGGACGUGUCGCCACGGUGUCGGUGUUGAGACACUAGUCCCGGUCGUCCGGCCCGGGCGUGUCUUCGGCAUCGGGUCCACAUCGGCACCGACAGGCGAUAUGAGUACGAAAUUCAUAAUUGAUAGUAUGCUACCAGCUAAGUACCAACAAUUUCAUCCGCAACAGUUGUUCUCAAGCGCGACUCCAGGUACCAUUCAGGCGUGCACGACGAGUCCGGCCACCGCGAGCCUAGAAUCGAGUUUAUCCGCGGCUGCCGUAGCGGCCGCGGCAGUCAAUUACGCGCAUCAGCACAAUUCGCCGAGCCCGACGGGUUCGAGUCCCCAGCACUCGGGAAGUUCCGCAUCCACGUCACCGGCGGCACGCACGACAUCCAGCAUGUAUCCGUACGUGUCCGCCGCCGCGGCGCAUCAUCAUCAUCAACAGCAGCAGGCGGUCGCGGCCGCCGCGUUCGGCGCCACGUCCAGCAUGGUGCCCGGCUUCGGGUCCACGGCGGCGUCCAGCGCUGCCCUGGCCGCCGCCGCCGCCGUGGACGCCGCCGCCGGCGACAAGUCCUGCCGUUACACAGCUAGUCUGACCGGCAAUGUCACCCCUGCGUCGGCCGAUCCCAUGGUUAACUAUACCCUAGGCCACCAUCAUCAGAACGGCGCUACGCCCGGUAGCCUCGUCUCGUCCGCGUCCGCAUCCUCGGCCGUGUCGGCCGCCUCGGCGUCCAUGGCAGCGGCGGCACAAUUCUACCAUCAAGCGGCUGCCGCAUCGGCCGUUGUCGACCCUUUGACGUCCUGCCAACAACCCACCACCGGUCAACCCGGGAUCUCGGACAUACCUCGGUAUCCGUGGAUGUCGAUUACCGAUUGGAUGAGUCCAUUUGACAGAGUGGUGUGCGGUCCGAAUGGCUGCCCGAGGCGCAGAGGUCGGCAAACGUACACGCGGUUCCAAACAUUGGAAUUAGAAAAAGAAUUUCACUUCAACCACUAUUUGACGCGACGACGACGAAUAGAAAUCGCGCACGCACUUUGCCUGACGGAACGACAGAUCAAGAUCUGGUUCCAGAAUCGGCGAAUGAAGUUGAAAAAGGAAUUAAGGGCGGUCAAAGAAAUCAACGAGCAAGCCAGACGCGAGCGCGAGGAGCAAGAUAUGAUGAAGAAACAGCAGGCGGAGAAACAGGCCAAGUUGCAGCAGGAGCAGCAGAGCGCCGCCCUACAGCAUCAGCAGCAGCAUCACGUAAGCGGCCUGGAAAAAACGCAAAGCGAUCUUCUGAAGGCAGUCAGUAAGGUACCCACAUAGGAUACCUUACUGAGCCGACUCUCUUUCUUUUAAGGAAGACACAAGAGACUGGAGCGGCCUGGACGAAGACUCCGAAGCGAAGUAGUUGGUAAGGUCGAUCACGUAGAAGAUCCUGAGUUCUCUUCCUCUCAUCUUCGCACGCGAGAAACAGGUACGAAGCAUCUGAUGCAAAGAUUUUCGUGAUCUUCCUCGAGUCGGUGAGCCGGUGCUCGCAAGUAGAGGACCUUGCGUGGAUGCGGUCAUCGGCCCUUUUUUUUACCAAGGGGGGAAGAUAGCGAAGAUUUAGGCAGCCUGGAAGAUACACACAGAGCGCGAGCUUCUCUGUGGGCAACCGAGAAAAGGUACGCGAUGAAUGCCUUGCUGAAUCGGUUCUAUCUUUUGUUUUUUUAAGCAAGAAAGAAAGAUAAGUAGAUGUUACGAUAGUAAAAAGAAAAACUCGAAGCAUAGAGAAUGAACGCACCCCACCCCAGCUACGUACUUACUUGGCUAGUCCCCGAAGGGCGACAUGCGAAACCGCCUCGCACGGGGCUCAGCCUGUGACUGAUUCCUAGAACGUAUAAUGUAUAUUGUUAAUCGGGUGCUACACAAUGAGCCAUCGCGAUUAUCAAGCGAUGAACGUGCGAAUUGGCGCGAUACUGCCAUGGAGAGCCAAUAAUUACGUCGAGGCGGUGAGUAGAUUAAUUAAAUGGGCCGAAACUGAAGGAUUAAUGGUCGUAUGGGCCAAUCAGAAUCAUUAACGACGACAUUGCGAUUAAUUGAUCGAACUCUGAGAGAAGGAAGUAAUCAAACUGCGUAAGCGGACCGUAAGCGGCAUUCAAUUACAAGAAACCAGCGAACGAAAUAAGAGUUUAGGUAAUCCUCGAUUCAUCACUUAUCUUGCUUUGUGCGAAUUUUCGUUGAUUAGCUAGACCUUAUACGAAGCGUCAUCCGUUCCGGAGGAAGAAAUACGGUGACGCAAUUUCGAGAAAACGGUUUCAUCAUUUUCGACGUUGAACGUUUUACCUUCGACGUUACGUGGACGCUUCCUUUGCACGAUCGCUAAACAAAAUUACAAAAGGCGUAAAAUUUGCGACGUUCUCGUUGGAACAACGAACGUGUCUCUCGCGCGAUUGCGGACUUCCGGUAACUCCUUCUAGAUAUCGGUCUACGAUUAUAAAUAACGGGCGUACACGACUAUUUUCCCCUACAUUUCCCCUCCUCGCUUCAUUCGAUAAAAUAAUUCAAUAUUUGCUUACUAUGUUCACUUUUUAAACGAACUAGCUAAAUGUUAUUUAUGCCGAUUUUGUAUGUUGAAAUUUUUAACUAUUUAUCGAACAAAUAGAUUAGUCAUUGGCGGUAUAGCAAGUUUUAUCUACAUAUGGGUUUUAUAAAGAAAUUUGUACUUUCUUGGAGGAAAAGAUCUGAUUUUACAAAUUAUAUAAUAAUGCACAUGUAAUGUAUAUAUGAUAAAAUAAUUUUUUCCUUGAAAACAACUCUUUCGGUACGCUCGGUACAUUUUCGCAUAAAAAACCUAUACUCACGGAUAUAGGAAAAACAUAUUGCUUAUGUUUUCCAGCCAUUCCGAUAUGUCAAUUCAGACAAAUCGCAAGAAAUAAAACUUUUUGUUAACGAAAUAUAGUAAAUUAUUUUAGACACAAUAAAAGUUUAGGGUAUUUAUUUUUUUACCAACGUGAGUAAAAGUAGUAUUCUAUCGUGAGCAAUAAAAUAUUGUUGAAUUCGCGAAAUUUGUCGAAGAAUUUAAGAAAUAUAGAUGUAUGAUGGAAAGACAUAAACGAUAUUCAGACAUUGAAGAACGUGGUAACGUGCCGUGAGUAUAUAAACAUUGGUUUUCUCAAGAAUAUAUCUUUCUGAACAUUGUUUCUCGAAAGCGUGAUAUAGAUGGUAAAUAACUGUACAAUAUGCUUGGCAACCGCGUUUUGUCAAGAUUCUGACAACUAGUAAUUGUCUCGAUUAUCCUGCCGUGUCGAUAAACAAGAAAAAAUUAUACAUAUACACAUGUACACGUAACAUACAGUUAAUCUACUUAUCAUUUCGAGAGAAUGCUUUAAUCAUUUACCUAAAGUUGGGAUAAAAUGUUUUGCAUGCUGAAUUUCAUAAUAUAAUUUCUGUGUAACACUCAAUCAAUUAAUCGUUUGAAUUAUAAUUAGCGCAUUUUUUUAUUAUUAUUUUCUUUUCAACCGUAUAUUGGAAAUUAUACAUGUAAAUGUUCGUGUGUACACAAUAAUUUUGAUGAAAAAAAAGAGCAACAAACGCGGGAGAAAGUAAGCUACACAUGGAUACACGCUCGUAUGUACGUACGAGAAACACGAACCACAUUACCGGACGAGUAUCUCACUCUUAGUACAUUAAAUACGUAAUUUGGUGUCAGGGUAGACUUUUCCAUAGAUAUAGAACCCGUUGUUGGUAUUACUUACUUAGAGUUCGUAAAAAAAGGAAAAGAUAAACAUAAAAGGAAUAACCGAUAUAUAAAUUAUUGCCUAAUUAUUUUUUUCUCCUUCAUAUUAGCGCGAUCGAUGCAUAGGUCUUGAUUCUUUAUCAUAAAAGUCUUGAACAAAUUUUAUCUGAGGUAUAUAGUGCUACUCCUAAUUUAAUAGCUAUAAAAUUGAAAAUAAACAUGUUGUUUAAUGCUAAGCAACACAAUGUGUUCAUUUUUCAUUGAUUUCAUAAUUAUUACAAAGAAAAAUAAAAAAUAUAUUGUAUUUGUUAU